CCCGGCUUGUGAUUGGACAGAGUGCCCAAAGCAUUCCGGUUACCUACAGCGAGAAAGUAGUCGGUGCCUGAGGGAGAAGCGAGAGCGGCGGAUUGUGUGUUUGGAGUGAGGGCGGCUGAAGCGAUUCCUUUCAUCCCAUUGCUACACCGACACUGAACUGCACCACUUAGAACUGGGGGAGGAGCUUUGCUUCAGCUGCCGAUGAGUGAAGACAGAUAUGCAGGCAUUUCAUUGUUUCGAGGGCGUUCUAAUGCCAACCCUAACCACAAAGUACCCGGCAUUCUCCUGGCAGGUCUUUGUGUUUGAGCUACGCAGAAGAAAAUGCUCAUUUUCCAGGAACAUUUUGAGGAAUUUUAAGUAAAUAUCUAAAGUUUCCAAGGGCUUUGAUUAGUGAUGUCAUCAUUUGGUAAUGCAAUUGAGAGAUGGAACAUAAAAAGUACAGGAGUCGUUGCAGGUCUGGGACAUUCUGAAAGAAUAUCCCCCAUAAGAUCUAUGACCACAUUGGUGGAUUCGGCCUAUAGCUCAUUUUCUGGCAGUUCGUAUGUUCCAGAAUACCAAAACUCAUUUCAGCAUGACAGCUGUCACUUUAAUGAUGAACAGCUUUCUUACAUGGACUCUGAAUAUGUAAGAGCAAUCUAUAAUCCUAGUGUAGUAGACAUGGAUGGUGUAUAUCAUGAUAUAUUGUCAGGACAUAGAUGCUCGAAUGUAGCACUAUCUGGAAGAACUAGCAGUGCCAGCUGUGACCACCCAUCACAAGUGCAUCAAACUUCACCAGCAAAACUGGAUAACUAUCUUACUAACCUUGGUUCUGACCAGUUCAGUGGGACUUAUGGGGAAUCCAUAAAUAUGAAGCAUAAGCAGAAUCACUCUAAUAGUAUAUAUAUGCCUAACCACAAAGCAUAUGGCCUCCAACGUAACAGUCCUACAGGAGUAAGCAGUUUGCAGGAAAAAGAAAACCAAAUGUAUAAUCAAUCAAAUUAUAUGGAAAUAAAACAUUAUUUUAGUAGAUCCUUAGAUGUUCUUCAAACAGAAGGAGAGCUCAAGACACAAACCUCAUGUACUCAGAAUCUGCCGGAUGAGGUCAGCUGCAAGUUCAGAAACACACAUUCUACAAAUAGAACGAGCAAAGACCUUUCCAAGGGAAACGAUCUACAAAAAAGCAAUGAAGAAAACACAGAGAGAGACAGCCCAUAUCUGACAAAAGAGGGUCCAGUUUCUCAAGGUCAAUAUGCAUCAGAUGUAAGGACAAGUUUUAAAAACAUAAGACGCUCCCUUAAAAAGUCUGUGUCUGAAAAAAUUGGUGCUCAUGACAAUAAAGGGGGUUGCUGGAUUAUGAAGCCAGGUCAAGACCCUCAUUGUUAUAAUUCUGAGGGAACAGUUAAGGACGCAGAGUAUGAUGACGUCGAGCAGUGGGAUAUCAGGAAAUCAAGACUUAAUACAAGGGCAAGCCAGACUUUAUAUUGUGAGUCUAAUAAAGAUGCCUCUUGCCCUCCCUUGAAUGCUUUGAAUUCUAAGAAUGAAGUUCUCGAAGCUGAUAAUACACUCUGUUUUCAAAAGGAUGCAACUGUAAAGUCUAUUCCCCUAUUAUCUCAGCAUAUUCAACAGGAAAAAUCUAAAAGCCAUCCCCUGUCUGAUUUAAACUGUGAGAAGAUUACCAAGGCAACAACACCUAUGCUGUAUCAUCUUGCUGGAGGAAGGCAUAGUGCCUUUAUAGCCCCUGUACACAAUACAAAUCCAGCUAAACAGGAAAAACUCAAGCUUGAGUCAAAGACAUUUGAAAGAACGAAUAACUUCUCUAUACUACAACAAACCGAGCCAAGACCAGAUAACCAUAAAUUCCCCAAGAAUAAAAGCCUAACACAACUUGCUGAUCUCCAUGACUCUGCAGAGGGUGGGAAUUCUGGGAAUUUAAAUUCUUCAGCAGAAGAGUGCCUAAUGAAUGACUACAUUGAGAAACUGAAGGUUGCCCAGAAGAAAGUAUUGAGGGAAACCUCUUUUAAAAGAAAGGACUUGCAGAUGAGUUUGCCUUGCAGAUUCAAGUUGAAUCCACCCAAAAGGCCUACCAUUGAUCAUUUUCGAUCCUAUUCUUCAUCCAGUGCAAAUGAGGAGACGGCAUUUCUCCAAACAAAAAACUCUGUUGACAGCACCUACAACAAAGAUGAUGCUGAAAAGGUCGCAGUUACUCGAAUAGGAGGUCGGAAACGGAUUACAAAGGAACAAAAGAAGCUGUGUUAUUCAGAACCAGAGAAAUUAGAUCACCUUGGGAUUCAAAAAUCUAACUUUGCAUGGAAGGAGGAACCUGCUAUCGCAAAUAAAAGGGAGAUGAGUGAUUCUGAUGUUGCUGCAAAUAAGAUAAAGUAUCUGGAGAGCAAAGAACGAACUGCCUCAUCUUCAAACCUUUCUAAGACAGAACUCAAACAGAUCCAGCAUAAUGCGCUUGUUGAAUAUAUGGAAAGGAAAACAAACCAAAGGCCCAGCAGCAAUCCACAAUUCCAGAUGGAAAGGACAUCGGGAUUGCCAAAUUAUAGUGAGUGGAAUAUCUACUCAUCUGAAACCAGUUCUGGUGAUGGUUCACAAAAGUACCUACGGAGGAGAUCAGCUGGAGCUUCAUCUUCCUAUGAUGCCACAGUAACAUGGAAUGAUAGAUUUGGAAAGACUUCACCUCUUGGGCGGCGCUCUGCUGUGGAACCAACUGCUGGUGUGCAACGCAGGAGUUUUUUUGAUCAACGCACUUUAGAUGGCAGUCAAGAACGUCUUGAAGGUUCUUCCCCAUCUCUCAGUCAAAAAACAUCAAAGUCAAGUCAUCGUGAACAGGUCUCGUAUGUAAAUAUGGAAUUUCUUCCCUCCGCACUUUCCAAGAAUCACAUUUAUAAUGACCGGCUGACUGUACCCGGGGACAACACCAGCGCCGACACUGAGAGAAUUCGUGCUUCCAAAAGCAGAGGGAAGUCUAUGGAAGAAAUAGGGACUGCAGACAUUGUAACGCUUGCAGAGCUGAGCCAUAGCUCAGAUCAACUUUACCACAUUAAAGGGCCUGUGAUAUCGCCAAGGCUGGAAAACACAAGGACUGCAGCUGUGUCCCAUCAAGACAACGUCUUGGCUAGCACUCAGAACGAAACAGGAAAUCUGCCCAGACAAACACAUCAAGAAAGUGUUCUGGGGCCCCGCAGAUCAGACUUAGCAAAUUUGGGACAAGAGGCACAUUCCUGGCCCUUGAGAGCUAGUGCUGCUUCCUCAGGCAUAGAUAAUCCCUGCUCUUCUCCUCCUUCGGCAAAGGUUCACCCCUGGGCUCCUGAGCCAUUGCAUUGCUUGGACACAGAAGAUGAGGUCUUUACACAAGCCAGCACUGCCAGAAAUGAAGAUCCCAGCUCCACUGCCCUUAGCCAUCUGCACGAUAUUGGAAACCCUGUGUGUGAAGAGGAAGAUACUGCAUUAUGCUUUUCUUUCUUACCUGAGCAGGGUCAUCUAGAACGGCUGAUUGUCAAUGAGGCUGCACCAAGCUCCGAGACUGAUGAAGGUGUUUUGGACACUGCUGCUGUGAAUGCGACGACAACGCAACCUCCUGAGACUUCAGAAGACAACAAGCCACAUGGCUUUAGUGCUGAGAAUCAAGAAGUUGAAGAAGGCAGAGAACCUAUGCUAGCAGAGUUUGUAGACAGCUCACAGCAGCUAGAGUUGAGGUCCCUUCCUUCUAGCCAGGUUAACGUAAUGCAGACUACAGAGCCAUAUGUCGGUGAUGACAAGAGCAGUGGAAAUGAAGAUUCCAUGGAGCAAAAAUCACAGGACAUUGAGCAGAAAAGUAAGGAACCAGAAGAGGAAGAUUUACCCAAGGUGAAGUUAAAAUCUCCAGAAGAUGAAAGACGAGAGGAACUGGUUAAAGACAUAGUUGCCAAGGAUAAAUCUCUGAUGAAUUGUCUCCAGCCGAUUUCUGUCAGAGAAUCUGCUAUGGAUCUCAUGAAAAGCCUCUUCCCUAUGGACUUCACUGAAGCGGAAAAAUCUAGAACUAGAGGACUUCUUAGAAAAGACAACAGUGAAACAUUAAGGAAAAACAAUUCAGACCUUGAAAGUUCUUCUAAACUUCCUUCAAAAAUAACCGUGAUGCUUCAGAAGAGUUCUGCGCGGAGGCCAGAUGGGGAAAGCCUAGAUGACAUCACUUCAAAGAAGAUGGAACUUCUUUCUAACAUCGGUUCCAAGCUAGAGGACCUUUGUGAGCAAAAAGAAAUCCUUUUGGCUGAUAAUAGUAAGAACACGACGCACGGCAAUAAUAUUCAGGCACUAGUGAAAGAGUUGUGUAAGCCCAAUGAGUUUGAGCGCUACAUGAUGUUCAUUGGGGAUCUGGAGAAAGUGGUGAGCCUGCUAUUUUCCCUGUCGACAAGGCUGACUCGGGUUGAAAAUGCUUUAAGCAAGGUUGAUGAAAAUACAGAUGCAGAAGAGAUGCAAUCCCUAAAGGAGCGCCACAAUCUCCUGUCCAGUCAAAGAGAAGAUGCCAAAGACUUAAAGGCAAACUUAGACCGCAGAGAACAAGUUGUCACGGGAAUCCUUGUAAAAUACCUGAAUGAGGAGCAGCUGCAGGACUACAAGCACUUUGUCAGACUGAAGACCUCCCUCCUAAUUGAACAAAAGAACCUGGAGGAGAAGAUAAAACUGUACGAGGAGCAGUUAGAGAGCAUCCACGAUAGCAUCCCACCUUAAUCAUCAGCCAACGCAACAUCAGCCCUUAUCCCUUCCCACCGGCCGCUGCCGCCGCUACAUAUGAAAAUUCUCUCUGGGUUCCGUGUCAUUGAAAUUUCUCGGUGUUGAUUAAACUGCUGCUAAAACUUACCAAGGUUAAUUCUGGUUAUCCCGUGUUUAGGCGGGACUUGCUAAAGGCCACUCCGUGACCGUGUUAAUUGGGCUUCUUGGCAAGAAAGAGACAGGAUGGAUGCUACACAAGAUGGACAGUGCUUAGCUAUAAAUUGUGUGCCUUUUAUUUUGCAUAAGUUAUCAAUGUUUUGUCUUUUUUCAAUGUUAUCGACGACUAACAAGUGUGUCCUUGUCAUUUGGAUUCCUGACAGAAUGAUUUAAAUAAAAAUGUUUGUUUUUGCCCAGGAA